GGCAGCCGGCCCGCAUAACCACCGCCGCGCCGCGCCACGCCGUGUGGGCCCGUGCGGGCAAGUCAGCGAGUGACUGAGACGCCGUGCCGUGCCGUGCCCGCCAGCGCGGUCGCCGCCGCCGACGUGACUCGAGGCGCAGACGGGGAAUGGGAGAGACACGCCGCCAGUUCCCUUGGGGUGAACAACAGGCCACCGCCGGAGGCGCGUGAGUACGGACGUUGAAUCGCGCGGGCGAGGUUAGAAGAUGGCCUCGUUACUGCCGGUUUCCCAGUGAGCGAACGCGACUGCUGCUGUAGAAGGAAGACUGAACCUCGCGGCCGGUAGAGCUUUUCGAAUCUACCGAGUGUCUCGAAACGCCGCCAUAUUGGAAAAACAUUGGGUGUAGUGUCCGAUCGCUGGUGUCGCAAGAGGGCCUGUGUUGUUGUUGUUUGUUGUGUUGUGCGCGAUUAACAAGCCGUCAAGAUGUAUAAACUUCUCGGAGGGUUCAAGGAGUAUUUGAAGUGGCAGGACAUUGUGGUGGACAACGCCGUCUUCAGGCUGCACAACCUGUUCACGACGGUGCUGUUGCUGACGUGCUCGGUUAUCAUCACCGCCACGCAGUAUGUGGGCACGCCGAUCCAGUGCAUCGUGAACAAGGGGCUGCCCGCCCGGGCCAUCAACACCUACUGCUGGAUCACGUCCACCUUCACGAUGCCCGACGCGUUCCUGCGGCGCGCGGGCAGCGAGGUGGCGCACCCCGGCGUGGCCAACGACUACGGCGAGGAGGACAGCAAGAAGUACUACACCUACUACCAGUGGGUGUGCUUCGUGUUGUUCUUCCAGGCCGUGAUGUGCUACACGCCGCACUGGCUGUGGCGCGCGUGGGAGGGCAACCUGCUGCGCACCAUCAUCAUGGGGCUGAACGUGGGCAUGUGCAAGGAGGAGGACAAGACCAAGAAGAAGAAGGCGCUCAUCGAAUACCUGCUGCGCCACGUCAAGAGACACAACAUGUAUGCCCUGCGCUACUGGUUUUGUGAAUGCUUGUGCCUCAUCAACAUCAUUGGCCAGCUUUAUCUCAUGAAUCACUUCUUUGAUGGUGAAUUUUUCAGUUAUGGUUUAAGAGUAAUGAGUUUUUCGCAGCAGGCUCAAGAAGAAAGAGUGGACCCGAUGGUUUAUGUGUUCCCUCGAGUAACAAAGUGCACAUUCCACAAAUUUGGCCCAUCAGGAACAAUACAGAAGCAUGACUCCUUGUGUGUCUUGCCUCUGAACAUUGUAAAUGAGAAGACCUACAUUUUCCUUUGGUUUUGGUAUAUAAUAAUGGCCACAUUACUUGCCCUUCUUGUUGUGUAUCGUGCCCUAAUUUUGGCACUGCCGUCAAUCAGGCCCAGAUUACUGCACACGAGAAACAGAUACAUAUCCAGAGAGGUGGCAGAAGCAAUAUCGCGCAAAACAGAGGUUGGAGACUGGUGGGUUUUGUAUAUGCUUGGGAGGAACAUGGAUCCAUUAAUUUAUCGAGAAGUUGUUUCAGAACUAGCUAAAAAAAUUGAGACUGCUGCUAGUAACAAUCCUUGAUAACAGUUGACUUCCUUCAAACAUAUCACUUACAUAUAAAUACAACGACAAUACGGAAGAACAUGUAUGUGCAUCAUUCCCUAUGGGAACUUGCAUUUGUGCUGAAUAUAAUUGCUCAUCUGUUUAUUAUUAAAAUGAUUUUUCCAUGAAGAGAGCAUGUUGAUAUUGAAAGUAUUAUGUGAUAAAAAAAGUCAUUGUAGUAUCCAUCAGUCAGGUAUAAGGAUGUUAUUAGCAGAUAUUAUAGGAACUUAAAGCUGACUGCUUGAUAUUACAGUGUUUGUAAUGUAAAGCAAAUGCUGUUGUAAUAUUGGGGUCUCAGGUCACCUUUAGCAAUAUCUGAGAAUGCUUGUUGGUGCAGUAUUUUAUUAUAACCUGCAUGAAAAUUGUGUAUGCCAUAGUUUUCUUGUUCAGUAAAAGUUAAGUGGCCUGGGAAGGACAUGUCAACAGUUGUAAAAGAUAUUUUAAUUUCAGUUCAUGGUGCAUACAUGUGUAAUUGCCAAUCAUUAUUACUAAAUUGUGUAAAUUAUUGUUCAGAUAAAUCAUUCUUGUACAUAGUUUUAUGGCUAGAGGCUGAGGGGGUUACAAUGGCUGAUCCAUCAGUCAGUUCUGGAAAAGUGUGAUAUUUUCAGUGGCUUACUCCAUGUUGUUCUUGUAAAUGUAAUUUUUAUAAAACUUUUCCUUCUGUAAUUUUGCAAAUAACUUCCAAUCACAUACUGAAUAAUUUAAUAAACCUUUUAUAGGGAUUUGUUAUUUUGAUAUUAGAAAAUGUGAAGGAUGACCUCCACAUAGUGAUAGCAAAAAGACUUAUAAGGAAAACUGAAAAGGGAUUCUACAGUUUACUGUAAGGCCUGUAACAUGUGUGUUCACUUGUGUAUGUGAAGGUGCAUACACACACUGCUAGUAUAGCCUUUACAAUAUUUUCAAGGACUUUUAGGAGGGGGUUAUGUUUGGAUUAUAUAUGCAUGUGUAAUGUAGAUUCCUCAAGAACCAAAUGCCACAAGUUGCCUUCUUUGUGGCACAUUGUGUGCCACACACAUUCCAGAUCUUAAUUCAUAUUCGAUAUUUUUGUAUUCUAUACUCAUAGUUGUCGCAUUUAUUUUGGUUACUAUACAUCCAGUGACAAUUAUAAUGACUCGCUUAUCCUGUGCACAUUCAUUCCUAAUGCAAUGGAGGAAAAGACUGCAGAGAGAAAGGCAACCUGAGUGUUUCAGGGGAAAGAGUACUUGGAGAAAUAUUGAUUGGCACAAUUAUCAUUUUAUUCUUGCUAGUAUGAUUUUUGCUUUUCAUAAUUUUGGUAGCAGUAUUGUUCUUUUAUACCAUUUCAGUGAUAUUAACUUUGACAGUUUCAUGUAAUUUUUAAUUGAGCUGCCAGAGACUGUACGAAAGAUGGAUAUUGGAUGUUAAAAGUUUUGAUUUUUGUGUGCCACAAAUGGAAUGUUAGUGAAUUUUAUAGGGCUUUGUUAAAAAGUCUUAAAUAAAUUAUAGCAAACAAA